AUGAGUGAACAUAACCAACCCAAACCUCCAAGUAAUAAUGAUGAGGAACAGUCUGUACCUGGUGUUGAAAUUGAUGAACUCGAUCUAUCAAACAUGGAAAGUGAAGAAAUUGAUUUGGAACAUUGCCGAAUUAAAUGCAUCAGCAAAUUAGAGCGUUUCCCAAAUGUCCGUCGCCUGUGUCUUCGGAAUAAUCUUUUGAAAAAGCUGGAAAAUCUUGAACCUGUCUGUCAAACACUUGAGGAGCUAGAUUUAUAUGAUAAUCAAAUUACAAAGAUCGAAAAUCUGGAAUGUCUUUCAAAGCUAGUCAAUCUGGAUUUGAGUUUCAAUCGUAUUAAAUGUAUUGAAAAUCUAGAUAAUCUACAUUGUGUGACAAAGCUGUAUUUGGUAAAUAAUCGUAUAUCAAAAGUAGAGAAUCUAAGCAGUAUGCGGAAUUUAGAAAUGCUGGAACUUGGUUCAAAUAAAAUACGAAAACUGGAAAAUCUAGAAGAGCUGACAAAGCUAACCCAACUCUAUUGUGGUAAAAACAAGAUAUCAGCACUGGAAAACUUGGAUACAUUAACCAAUUUAACACUGCUUAGUGUUCAGGGUAACAGAGUCACUAAAAUAUGUGGAUUGGCCAGACUUGUCAAUCUGGAACAGUUGUAUCUUAGUGAGAACGGAAUAACGGAAAUCGAAGGACUAGAAACAUUAUCAAAACUACAAAUUCUAGACCUAGCGUGCAAUUUCAUAUCAGAAAUACAAAACAUGUCACAUCUACAAAAUUUAGAAGAAUUUUGGUUCAACGACAACAAAAUAUCUGACUGGGGACAAAUAGAGAAACUAAACGUUUUGAAAAAACUUCACACAGUUUACAUGGAACGAAAUCCCAUUUAUUUCCUGAACUCAGAUCGUACAAGACACGACCCUAAUUAUCGACGUAAAGUACUCUUAGCUCUUCCGAACCUCCGACAAUUGGAUGCAAACCCCACUGGAGUUAAUAUGUGA